AUGGCCUCUGUCUCCAAGUUCACCUGCUUCCAUUCGGCCCUCAUCCGGAACAAUGAAGUGACCAUCACAGAGGAUAAGCUCAAUGCCGUCAUUAAAGCAGCCAGUGUGAACAAGCCUGGCUUGUCUACAAAGGUGCUGGCCAAUGUUAACAUUGGGAGCUUCAUCCACAGUGUAAGGGCUGGGGGGUCUGCUCCCACGGCUGGUCCUGUACCCACAGGAGGCCCUGCCCCUGCUGCUACUAUUGCCCCAGCUGAGGAGAAGAAAGUGGAAGCCAAGAAAGAAGAGUCUGAGGAGUUUGAUGUCGACAUGGGCUUUAAUCUUUGA